AUGUCUGGUUUUGGUCCCAAAGAGAGGUCUGGUUCCAUCGAUGGGAAGGGAAGUGAUGACAGUACUACGAUUUCCGUACGGUCCAAUGUUAUGCUCACGAUUCACAAGGUUACAGCUGACUGUCGGGUAAUGCAAGCCUUCAUGGAUGUCUACGGGACGAUCGCUGAUGUGUGGGGUGUAUGUAGGACCAUUGGAGGACCGAUAUCCCAAAAUACUCGUGAGAUUUCGGAGUCCUGCGGAAUUUGUCCCCUUAGCAAAGUCGAUCCUUAUUCUUCCAUCGGGAUAUUCCUUAAGUGUCAAUCCGUUUUCCUCCAACUCUUUCCGCAGCUGUUUAAAGGUCCAGUACCCUUCAUCUAUCAUAAUAUUCUUCGCAUCUACGGAAAUGUAGUCAUUGAACCCCUUACGAAUGUUCUUAACUUCUUAUAAUUCCAAAACACGGCAGCAGUCUUUACGUAAAGUUCGGAUCCAUGGGUAAGGAUCAGUGGAUCCUGUAAAUCCAGGGUAAUCCCUCCGCUCUCAACAUAGACUGUGUUAUCUUCUUCAUGUUUUAUUUACAGGUAAUAAAAUGAGUCUGGCAUUGGACGUAGCUCUUCUGGAAAUAUAUUUUAACGUUAACGGUGGGUACAUGUCGAUGGAAAAAUUAUACCAAAGUGCAGAGGAGGAGGGUAUAAAGGGAGUUAGCCGUAAAAAUGUUAAGGAAUGGUUACAGACACAAAAUACCUACAUUAUUCAUAAACCGUCCAGAAAACAUUACAAAACCCAAAGGACCUAUGUGGAUGGAUUUGCCCAGCAAAUUCAAAUGGACCUUGUGGAUAUGAGUAAAUUUAGCCACGGGAAUAAGGGAAACCGCUGGAUUCUAACUGUCAUAGAGGUUCUAAGUGGAUAUGCCUUUGCCGUUCCCGUAUGGAGGAAAAAUACCGAAAGCAUGACGAAGGCUGUUGAAAAUGUGCUCGCACAAUUUAAGGAAAGAUUCGGCAGGUAACCUAAAACAGCACAGUUAGAUGACGGAAAGGAAUUUUACAAUGUAGGAGUAAAGACAUUGCUAAAAGAUCAUGAUGUCCAUUACUUUUCCACAAGGACCUUCCGGAAAGCCGCACUUGUCGAGAGGAUGUGGAAAUGUGAAAAAGGAAACAAGGAUGUGGAAAUACUUUACGAAAAAUAGGACGAAAGUUUGGGUGGACAUCUUACCUGCUCUCGUUAGAUCCUAUAAUAAUUCCACACACAGAACAAUAGGAAUGAGACCGGCGGAUGUGAAUGAGGAAAAUAAGGACGAAGUUUGGACAAGAAUCUACGGAUAUCCACUAAGCAGUUUUCCAAUUCCGGAUCCUAAAUUUAAGGUUGGGGAUCAUGUCAGGGUGGAAACCUCCAGUUUCCGUAAAGAGAACAGUAACGACAGGUACGCAUGGAGAAAAGAGCAAACAUACGAACUGGGAUUACAAGGGGUGUUCAACAACAUAAAGUCAGAAUAUGUCAAAAGACUACGGGGGUCCAGUUACCGUAUAAAUCGGACGAUGGACCAUUUUCUAGGAAUCUUAUCUCCCGUCUGGACAUCACUAAAAAUAAGCUGACAUUCAACAGAGCUGAAAUCGCAUACAUUCAUAAGGAUGAUAUGUAUAAAUUUUCCGACAACAAAAGAAAUAGCAAAUACGUAGCAGCAUACGAGGAGUUAUAUGAAAAAGCACUCAUAAAGCGUAGGGCCCGCAGGCAGAGGGCUAGAAGCGUAAUCGAAGAGGAAACCGAAGGAGAAGCAUCAGAAGAAACCACAGAAGACAUCCACAAGGAUGUUAGGGAAGAGCUACACCAGGAAACCACCACUGCGAGUGAAACCCUUGCAGAAGAAGCGGAAAGGUUGGAAAGGGAAGGUAUAAUAACCACACAGGAGAGAAGGGAAUUUGCAGGAGUAACCGCUCGCAAGGGACCCCCAGAAGUUAGUAUUAAAUCCCUAAAAACGCUAUUGCCAUUUCUAUCGCUGGAAUUAUCACUACAGUCGUAGUGGCAGGAAAGAAAACCAUCGUAGGAGCCUCCAAAGGAUUAGGAGCCGUAGGAAAAGCAUUGGCUGGACUUGCAAACUCCGCACUACCAAUCCUAGUACCUAUCCUAAAUUUACUAAGUUCUAUCCUAAGCUGGGGAGCUAAAGGUCUCGCCUUCCUUGCCCAGAACCUAUAGAUCGUAGCAAUCCUAAUUGCUGGGGCUAUAUACAAAUACCUACAAAGUAAACGAAAGAAAUAAAGUUAUACUAUAAUAAAACAUAAUGGAUCGAACAACUGAACUUAUGACUAACUUCCGACGCAUGAACAGGACGGAAAUCACUGGGGAUAGGACCAGACAUGUUUUAACCGUUAAAUCCAAAUUCUGCAAAACCUGGAGAAGAAAUUUACGUUAAUAUCCCAAAGCUAAAAGCCGACUCUGUUCUUGUGCCGGACAGUAUGGCUUUAGUUUUCGACUUUAAGAACAGUAAUACAAAAUCCUGGUUUAGGAACAACCUAGGGAUACUGCUUCAAGAGGUUGGAAAUCCGACUUGCAGGAGAAAAGGUCUACGACAACAGCGGGGAAAGCUUACUGGAAGUGUACAAGGACCUAUGGCUACACAACAAGCAGCGUGAUGUUAUGGUAGAGGAUGGUAUCGCUAGCGAAGCCAUGAGGAAGAAAAUCUCCAAGGACGAUGCCGCAAACGAUGAUGCAGAGGCUACCGCAUUGUUCGGUAUAUUCGGAACAAAACAGAAAAUCCGGAUCACCAAAAUCCUCAAAGAUCAUGGACUUUAUGCCCCACACAACAUGGUGAACGACCUACAAUACGUGAUCACCCUACCCACAGCGGCCGAAAUCAUGAACGCUCAAGGUGGAGAAUCUGUGGAAGGAUACACCCUGGAGAACAUCGAACUGGAAUACGAGUCCAUCGACAACAUCGAUCUCGCAAGAAAAGCCGAGGGUCUGUACGGAUCUGCACGUGAGUUAUCCUUCGAACAUGCUACCCUAAUGAAGAAAACGGAAUGGAGCAAAGAUUCCACCAUUAUCAACGAAACGAUCAACGUACCACGCAGGAGUAUGAAAGCCAUUGUCAUACUAUUCACAAACAAGACGAAGACAGACAGCGAGGAAUAUAUCUACCCUAACAUUGAAAAGGUCAGAGCAACCAUAGAAGGUGUUCCUAAUGCUGUCUAUAGCCAGGGUAUCCCAAAAACAAGAUUAUACGAGGAGGCAAGGCGACUGUUCGGUACCGAUGAAAUCAGUCACCAGACACUAACCGGAUUCUUCAAAGACAAAAUGUUCGCCCUGGUCAUCGAUCUCAGGACCGUAAACGAAGCCAACACAUACGGAAACGGUGCUAAAAUCCAGAACACCCAAUCUGGAAUACUGGUGGAAAUCACAAAGAAAGCCACAACUGCAGACGUUGUAUGUUACUUGUUCGUCCUUUCCGACGGUGUUAUCAAGAUCACAAACGGACAACUUGCUGGAAUAAAGUACUAA